AUGAUGCAGAAACUCACAACACAUGUUGUUAUUGUUCCAGCAUCAUUUGCUCCACCAUCACUAUACUCAACACUGGUUCAAAGCCUUGUAGAAUGUGGUUUUAGCACAACAGUCAUUGAUCUCCCUUCUGUGGGAUUUCGCGACCCAUUGCCAGCUGCAUCUAUGGAAGAAGACGCGGCGCAUAUCAGAUCAACUACAACGAAACUAGCUGAUAAUGGCCAUGAAAUUGUCUUGUUGAUGCACUCUUACGGUGGAAUAUGCGGUACAGAAAGUACCGUUGGAGUUUCAAGGAUCGAGAGGCAAGUCGCUGGGAAGCCGGGCGGUGUGGUCCAUCUCGUUUAUAUCAGCUCCCCUGUACCUGAGAUCGGAGGGUCAGUCCAAACGAUGAUGGGCAAUAACAUGCCCCAUUUCAUGAAACUCGAGGGAGACUACCUCAUAUCUGAGCCCAAAGGCUGUGCGAGCGUCAAUUUCUCAGACCUUUCGAAAUCCGAAGCGUUGACGUAUGCGAAACAAAUGACAGCUCAUUCAGCGCUGAGUUUUGCUGGGCCACUUCAAAACGCAGGAUAUUUGAGUAUCCCCGUUGCAUAUAUAGUUUGUGAGAAGGAUAUUUCUGUCCCGCCUGAUGUCCAGAGAUCCGUCAUUGAUAUGAUAUCUAAAAAGAGCGGUCGAGAGGUUAUCACGUUUUCUUGUGAUUUUGGACACUUUCCAACUGUCAGUAUCCCGGGCAAAGUAGCUUCUUUUAUUAACAAGGUUGCUACUAAAAGCCUUCGAGAGUAG